ACGACUUCUUACAAGUACUCCUUCACCUGCAGUCAACGAGUCGACAGACUUCGGCAAUACUAUUACUAUUCUAUUGUUUUCAAGCGAAACGACUAGAUGAUGAGUCUCUUCUUAGGAAUAAGUAAAUCACUUUGUUGUUCUGAUUUUUGAAAACUCCGAUGGAGUCCAAAAUGUCUCGGAGCUUCAGAGUCGUGUUGACUGUUAUAAUACUGUCGUCGGUGAGCAGAGCAAAAAUAAUAAGAAAUAAUGCUCUCAUGACUAAGAUGGUGUCCAACUAUCAGAGAGACAACGACGUCUCAGACCCCGAGGCGGAGAAGACGCCGGUGUUGUCCAGGAUGCAGAACGUACUGUGUAAAAUCUUUCCCACCAUCCCCUGCGAGAUGAUCACCCAGGACAAGACCCUGAAGAAACUCAUAGAAAAGUCCAUCCAACAGAUCAACUUCAAGAAGCUAUCCCUGGACAAAACGACGCCGCUACCGAGGUAUCUGACGCUGUUCCCCGUCUUGAACAACGAGGACUUGUCGCACUACGUCCAAACACACAACGCGUACAAAGACACUCACAAGAAAAACAAAAUUAUGAAAGAAAAGAAGUCCACAGGGAAGCGCAAAAACAAGACGAAGUCCAAACAUACGGCCGUCUACAACAGAAAGAAGAUGAGGAAGUUUUAUCCUCACAAAGUAAAAUACAGAGACAAGAACAGUGGGCCCGGAACAGGAACAGUCAAAGAGGACUUCGGAGACAACUCCGGCGACAAGCUGUCCAUGUCCGUGGAGGUCCCGGACAUGACGCUGACCCGCAAACACCAGCACUACUCCUACAAGGUGGAGCCGGCCGAGUCCCCGGUGUGGAGGAUCGAUUACAUGAAGCACGGGGAGCCCAGUCUAGACCUGUUCCGAGACCAACUCGGCGGCAAGCUCGUGAACAACAGAGCGAGCCUCGCACGCGACGUGGACCGGCCGAGGAAAGACGUGCUGCACUCCGACGUCAUCAUCAAGAAAAACUAUGUGAGAAAGAACACAGACACCUCGGACGGGGCUGAUUAGACGAAUGUACAGUAAACAAACUAAGACAGAAA